UCUUGUGAAGAAAAAGCUUUUAUUUAGGACAUCACACUGGAGGGGAGCUGCGAUGAUAAAGUCCACUUAAGUCUUAUCGAUCCCCUGCCAAACUGAAUGCCAUCAUAAGUAUAAAACAGCAUAUUCAUAUAUUCCGGUUGUAGAACCAAAACAAACUCCUAGCAACAAACUUCAACGCGAAUUGUAAUUACAAAUAUAAUUACAACGUAUCUUCUCCCGUUCCCCCCAAAAUAGUAAUAUUUUGUUGGUCCUUUCAUUCGUCAGUCGAACGCAGGCCGCGUUAUUUCGAGCUGGGCGGCUCCCAAGCUUAACGUCACCUUCAACCAACUGCGUGUAGUAAGUCUGUUGCUUCCCGAAAUGGCGAGCCUGCCGUAUUGAGGAGUUGCAGAGCAGAGCGGAGAGGGCGCCCUGGCUGUCUUCUCUUCUUGUCAAUGGUCUUUUGAUAUAUAUAUGUAUAAAGCAUAAAUUGAAGCCUGGAUACUGAAGAUCAACAAGCAAGGCAGACUCUGCAUUAAGUAGCAAGCCUCAUGACGUGGCUUUUCUUGUUUAAAACAUACACAGAGAACUGUAAAGGGAUAGUGGCCUGUGAUGACAUUUUGCAGUAUGCCAGCAUCCCUCCUUUACCAGCUUGAACAGGAACUGGAUACAGAUGAAAAGGAAACCAUGCUCUUCUUGUGCAGCGAUCUCAUGCCUGACGUACCUAUGUCUGAUGUCCUACAACUCUUGACAACUUUGAAUGAAAAGGAGAUGCUGUCCACCAUCAGCUUAUCUGAACUAUUAUACAGGCUGAAAAGAUUUGACUUGUUAAGGAAGUUCCUGGGGACUGGAAGAGCAGCUGUGGAAGCCAAUUUAGCCAAGCAUUCUCAGAUGUUGUCAAAAUACAGGGUGUUGAUGACUGAAAUCAAUGAAGAUCUGGAAAAAGAAGACUUGAGGUCUCUCUCUUUCCUUCUGAAAAAUCAUCUUGGUACAUCGCACAAGGAGAAGAGUUUUCUGGCAAUUAUUACUGACCUGGAAAAGCUGGACCUGAUAUCUCCCAUGCAUCUGGAUUUAAUAGAAAAUUGCUUCCUGACCAUUCACAGGAGAGACUUGGCAAAAAAGAUUCAAAAGUACAAACUAGAAGUUCCAGUGUGCUUUCCAACUAUGAAUACAAACACGCUUCAGAUGUCCUUACCUAAGUUAUCCCUAGCUGACCCUCCAGAGCCUGUGAACAAGGAAAGAAUGAAUGGAGCCUGUGCUGUCCAGGCAGAACAGAUUCACAUAUCCAUUCCAGAAACAGAAGUACAGGGUUGUAACAAGUACAGAAUGCAAAGCAAACCUUUAGGAGUCUGCCUGAUUAUUGACUGCAUUGGCAAUGAUGCAGGUUUGUUGAUGAAAACCUUUAAAUCACUACACUUUGAAGUUCACUGUCGAUUGUUUCUGAAUAUGGAUGCAGUGAUGCAUGAUUUAUAUGAAACAGCAAGGCUAAGAGCUCACAAAGAUGCAGAUUGUUUUGUUUGUAUACUUGUCAGUCGAGGAGACCAUCAACAUAUAUUCUGCACAGACCAUAUUGUUCCAGGAUUUCAAUUGGAAAGGCUGAAGGAUUUCUUUACUGGCGAAAGGUGUCCUGAUCUCUUAGGAAAACCAAAGCUCUUUUUUAUCCAAAACUAUGUUGAGUCCCCAAAUUGGCAAGGAAAUGCCAGUCUGACAGAGGCAGAUGGAGAUCUAUGCACAAUCCCACAAGUAGCAGACGUUUUCUGGAGCCACUGCACAUUGGAUGCCUCUGUAUUAGAGAGAUCCCCAUGCUCAUCGUCCUAUUAUCUCUCCACUUUGGCUGGCCUUCUGAUGGAUCCUCAGAAGAGAAAGCUGUCUCUGUUGGAUAUUUUUGUGGAGUUGAACAACAGAAUUUAUGAAUGGAAUAGGAUUAAUUCUACAGAACAGUACUUACUCUUAUUGAAGCACACCCUGAGGAAAAAACUUUUCCUGACUGACAAGUAAAGUCCUUUGGGAAGACUUUCUGAGAUUUAUCAGUUUCUCUUGGAGUGAAGUACAACAUAUGUGAUAGCAUUCAGAAACAUUUGUACUUUUAAACAAGUAAUUUUUGUAAACAAGAAAUAGAGGGGGAAAGUUCUUACAAUGUAUUAAGAUCUUAUUGCAUACCAUAUGUGCCUUAUUUAUAUAACUUGUCAUGAUCUUUCUCAGAACUUCGCUCAGAGAAUUAUAUUACUUUCUGCCUUUCUUAUGAAUAUAAAUUAAAAUAAAAGCCAAGGUGGAUUAUUGUGAGACAACAUAAUUGUCUCAGCAUACAAGUAUAAUCAAAAGUAAUAGGUAAUACUAUGAGUAAAGUAGUAUCAGUGCUUGGUUGGAAGAAUCUUCUUGCAGAAAUGGCAUUGAAAAGGAGGGUAGAAAUUGGGGAGCGUCUGAGCUUUGCCAGUGUAUAUACUUGGCUUUAUUAUCUUGUUCAUAGGUUUUGAAGGUCUUUCCUAAACUCAGCCCUCCAGUGUGCAAUUCUUAGUCCCAUCAUCUCUAUAAAAGCACACCCUAUAAAAGCCAAGAGUGUCUGAGAACAAGGCAGGCUAUGGUUAAAUGUAGCUAGUGGGACAAUGUGAUUAUUUUGGUGGUUAGUUCAGCAACAAGGAUAGAAUAUUGAGAUCCACUGCACCAAGAAAUCCCAUGAACACAGAAAUAUAGGGGAACAGAAACUUGUUUCUAGCCCAGUCAAGACAACUAGCAGAACUUGGUUGACAUAGGGAUGAUACUACUCUAACAAGGGGCUCAUUGAAUUUAAGCAAAUGCUUGGGGAUUUGAC